AUCAAAUCUAACAAGUGGCACUUUACAAGGCACCGAAUCUUAAAAAGGUCAAACUCAGCUCAUGAUCUCUCACUCUUAGCUUAGUAUCAUCAUCUGAAUGGCAGCUUCUCCGAGCGAGAUGGAACAUUCCGGCGAUCGAUUUGAUGUGGUGGUUGUUGGUGCAGGUAUCAUGGGUAGCGCUACUGCUUAUCAACUAGCAAAAAGGGGUGAAAAAACUCUUCUACUAGAGCAAUUUGACUUCUUGCACCACCGUGGAUCAUCACAUGGUGAGUCCCGCACUAUCCGAGCAACCUACCCACAAGACUACUACUGUGCCAUGGCGAUGGAAUCCUCCACCCUUUGGGAGGAAGCCCAGUCAGAGAUUGGCUUCAAGGUUUAUUUCAAAGCCCAACAAUUAGAUAUGGGGCCAUCAGAUAACGAAGAUCUCCUUUCUAUUUUCUCUAGCUGCCAGAAAAACUCGGUUCCUUAUGAGAUCCUUGACCAUCAAGAAGUGGCGGAGAAAUUUUCCGGCAAGAUUGACAUACCGGAGAACUGGAUUGGGAUAUAUACUCAGCUUGGUGGGGUAAUAAAAGCCACCAAGGCAGUGUCAAUGUUCCAAGCACUAGCAUGUCGAAAGGGUGCAAUUUUAAGAGACAACAUAGAAGUGAAGGGCAUAGUUAAGGAUGCAGAAAAAGGAGGGGUAUGGAUUUCCGCUUCUAAUGGGGAAAAAUUUUGGGCUAAAAAGUGCAUAAUCACAGCAGGGGCUUGGGCGAGAAAGCUUGUUAAAACCGUCAGCGGCUUUGAAUUGCCAAUACAACCCUUGGAAACUACAGUGUGUUAUUGGAGAAUCAAGGAAGGCCAUGAAUCUGAGUUUGCUAUAGGAGGUGAUUUUCCAACUUUUGCUAGCUACGGACCACAACUAAUAUACGGCACGCCGUCGUUGGAGUUUCCCGGUUUAAUCAAGAUUGCCUUGCACGAUGGCUACCCUUGUGAUCCUGAUAAAAGACCAUGGGGACCUGCAAUGUUGUUGAGUUCUUUGAAGGAGUGGAUUGAGGGGAGAUUUUCAGGGCUUGUUGAUCACGGUGAGCCAGUUGUUAGCCAAUCGUGCAUGUACUCCAUGACCCCAGAUGAAGAUUAUGUUAUAGAUUUUGUGGGUGGAGAGUUCGGGAAGGAUGUGGUUGUUGGGGGUGGGUUUUCAGGACAUGGAUUCAAAAUGGCCCCACUGGUGGGAAAGACUUUAGCGGACAUGGCUCUCUAUGGGAAGGCUGAAGGAGUGAAUCUUAAGCACUUCAGAAUACAAAGAUUUGAAAGGAAUCCUAAAGGGAACAUCAAGGACCCUUCAGAAGACCGAGUUGGCUUUUCUUCCAAUAACAAGUAGACUAGCUAUAUGUAUAUUUUUCAGACCCACUCUCCGGUUAAUGUAGCGAACUAGGACUUUUAUUGCCUUUGUUUGGUUCCUCUGAACCACAUUCCCUAUCCCAAACAAAAUUUUAGGUUUUAAGACAAAAACCACCGACUCGUCCACCCAGUGAUUCUUUCUUCAGCCAAACUUUCAUCCUUUACACGAAGCGUUGCGUAACGGGCAACUAUGAGUAGCCACGAUAUGAUUUAAAAUCUUUGUUUUUUUUUUUU